AUGAAAGAUCUUGGUGAACUUAAGUACUUCUUGGGAAUAAAAGUUGACAGAACUCAACAAGGCAUAUUCUUGUCCCAAUACAAAUAUGUAUUGGAUCCGCUAAGGGACUUCAGUGCAUUACAUUUGAAGCCUCUGAAAGUAUCAAUGCAAGCUCACCAAAAUAUCUUGAAAGAUUCUGGAGAACCUCUCAUCAAUCUAGAAAUUUAUCAGAGAUUGGUUGGUAAGCUAAUAUAUCUCACCUUGACAAGACCAGCUAUUACAUACACAGUGCAUGUGUUCAGCCAAUUCAUGCAUUCACCGACUAUGGUUCAUUAUCAAGCAACAAAUAGAGUUCUACGAUACCUAUUGUCUUCUCCAAGACAAGGAAUACUUCUUGGUGUAGACAAUGAAGCCAUCCUUUCUACCUAUUAUGACAGUGAUUGGGUUGGAUGUCCAGUUAUACGAAGAUUUACUACAAGAUUUUGUGUUCUGCUUGGUCAAUCUCCCAUCUCUUAG